GUGUCUCACCUAGACUACUCCAUCAGCCUCGACCUAAUCUCUUCACCUCAUAGAAUUUACUUACGAAGGUGACGGUGAGCAAUGGGGCCAUGGUGGUUCCUGUAAAAGCUUUCGAUUCGUUCCCAUCCGAAUAUUUGUCACGGUCGGGAACAUGACUCCGAUGCAAUGUGCUCUACACAUGUACCCUGUCGGCUGACGUGGUCAUUUUCGUAAGUUGAUCUCAAACGCGGAACGUUGUGCGAGCUUGGAGGGAAGAUAAACCAAGUAAGUGUACAUGAUGCCGCAGUUAACGAUCAUGAAACGUUCGUUCACUGACAUGAACCGAUAGCUGUAGAUUAGUAUUGACUCUUCUUCCGAUAUCCGAGUUACUCGGGACCAGUACUUUGAACUCUAUCUCCUACAUGCAUGUCUUCUGCUUCUUUGACCUCGUGAACAACCGAUUCUCACAGAGAUAAGUUUGAUCUGGCUAUCAUGAGCCUCGAAAACGGAAUGGCUCCCAAGGCUUCGUCUCUUGUAUCUCUGAUUCUUCUGUACCCAGACCACGAUGGCUAGUCCAAGUUCAUCUGAAGUCCUCUCUGUUGCUCAAGAAGCAACCCGAAUAUUCGCGUCUAUGGGGCUUCAAUGUUGCCUGGUUGGAGGGGUAGGAUGUCUUCUCUAUGGAUGCAUACGCACUCCGGGUGAUGUGGACUUGGUCGUGGUGACCUACAGCUAUGGUCAAGAAAGUCUGAAGAACUUCCUCGUCGCUAAGAAUUCGAACUUCUACACCCGAGCAUCAAAGCAAAUCGGAGCUACCUGGAGGGUGCUCUACUACAGACUGCCAGGGUACCGACGUUCAUGCAAGGUCGAUGUCCUCACGCCCGGAAUCAUGAAUAUACCAUUCACCCCAACCGACAAGAUCGUAUACCUUAGUGAUCUUCCUGUGAUGCCGUUGAUCCCUCUCCUCUUGCUCAAGUUGCAGGCGUGGAGCGAUCAUCGAGCAUCCUAUCGACUUGAUUUCCAAGCGAAACAGCACACUGAUGCUCGUGAUAUCCUGCGAUUGCUCAAGAUCGCCGUGCGGAAGGGCGAGCAUCUUGACAAAGUAGCAUGGUUGCCGUCGACCUUUGUGGAUGCCGGGAAAGAACGAGUAGUGAAGUUUCAGGACUCGCAAGGUUCGAGUUCGAAGUGGGAAAAAAUUGGUUUACAGGCACAGACUACUUCUGUUGUUAGCUCGGCGGCUGCUUCGACGAAGAUCCACAGGAAACAGCCUUUAUCAUCAUCUAAAGAUGCAAGUCGAUCUAGAGUCAAGUCAAACCUUCCACUUCCGUGACACUGACUAUAGAAAUAUCGGAUAGCCAGUUGAUGUUUCUUGAAGUGGCUUACGUUUACACUAUUUAGGAAGCUGUUGGCUCAACUUUCUGUAGAUGUAGGCUUCGACCGUUGUGCCAAACUUCGUAUGAGUUUUCUUCUUUACCCCUAUGUAGAUGAUUCUGAUUUCGUUGUUACCUGCUUAUCCACUAAUAAGGCGUGAAAUUUCAG